UCCGGCACCGGGAUGGUAGCCGACCCGACUACUGAGGCGGACAACGGUUACGAAAGCGGACGGAUGAAGACACAGCCCGUUGGUGGUGCUGGUGGAGGCGGCAAGCCAAUUAUGUGGAACACCCUGGGACUGCAUGCCAUCUACAAGUGCAUAUCCUCUGUGGCUGGUCUCCUCUCCACCAACUACCCCACCGAAUAUCGCGACAUCCUUCAGACGGCUACAAGGAUGCCUGAGCCCCAGUCAUCGGGGACGGCCUCGUCUCUCCACGCUUGUUCCAUCACCUCAGACGCGAGGUGGCAUUACCUUAUCCUUAUGGUGCUGGUACCCAUAGAUCGCAGGCACAUUUUUUUCACUCACUAG